AUGCUCCCUGCAGACGUGCCCCUGGCCCACCUGAAUCCUUCACUGCUGCUGCUGCUGCUACUGCAGCUGCUGCCCCCUGCAACCUCCUUCUUCCCCAACAUCUGGAGCCUCCUGGCUGCCCCCGGGUCCGUCACCCACCAGGACCUGACCGAGGAGGCGGCGCUCAAUGUCACCCUGCAGCUCUUCCUGGAGCAGCCACCCCCGGGCCGUCCCCCGCUUCGUCUUGAGGAUUUCCUGGGCCACACCCUUCUUGCUGACGACCUCUUUGCUGCCUACUUUGGACCUGGGUCUCCUUCCCGGAGGUUCCGAGCAGCCUUAGGUGAGGUCUCCCGUGCCAACGCAGCCCAGGACUUUCUGCCAACAUCCAGGAAUGACCCUGACCUGCACUUUGAUGCUGAGCGGCUGGGCCAGGGGCGCACACGCCUAGUGGGGGCUCUCCGGGAGGCCCUGGUGGCAGCCAGAGCUCUUGACCACACCCUGGCCCGCCAGCGCCUUGGGGCUGCACUUCAUGCUUUGCAGGAUUUCUACAGUCACAGCAACUGGGUGGAACUGGGACAGCAGCAGCCACACCCUCACCUCCUCUGGCCUAGGCAGGAGCUCCGGAGCCUGGCACAAGUGGACGAUCCUACCUGCUCUGAUUGCGAGGAGUUGAGCUGCCCUGGGAAUUUGCUGGGCUUUACACUCCUCACCUCUGGCUACUUUGGAACUCAUCCCUCCAAACCUCCAGGGAAAUGUAGCCAUGGGGGCCGUUUUGACCAGAGCAGCUCCCAGCCACCACGGGGAGGCAUCAACAAGGAUAGCACAUCCCCAGGCUUCUCUCCCCAUCACAUGCUGCACCUCCAGGCAGCAAAACUGGCCCUUCUGGCCUCCAUCCAGGCCCUCAGUCUCCUGCGAAACCGGCUGGGAGACAGGGGUUUCUCCAGGCUCCUGGACAUCAGCCCAGCCUCCAGUCUGAGCUUCGUCCUAGACACCACAGGCAGUAUGGGUGAGGAGAUCAAUGCUGCCAAAAUCCAGGCUCGCCACAUUGUGGAACAGCGACGGGGCAGCCCCAUGGAGCCUGUCCACUACAUCCUGGUCCCUUUCCAUGAUCCAGGGUUUGGCCCUGUCUUUACCACCAGUGACCCUGACAGCUUCUGGCAACAACUCAAUGAGAUCCAUGCCUUGGGGGGUGGAGAUGAGCCCGAGAUGUGUCUGUCAGCCCUGGAGCUGGCUCUGCUGCACACACCUCCACUCUCAGACAUCUUUGUCUUCACCGACGCCUCCCCCAAGGAUGCCUUUCUCACCAACCGGGUGGAGUCCCUGACUCAGGAGCGGCGCUGCAGAGUAACAUUCCUAGUGACCGAGGACCCAUCGAGGGUUCAGGGCCGAGCUCGGCGUGAGGUCUUGUCCCCUCUGCGUUUUGAGCCCUAUGAAGCAGUGGCCUUGGCCUCAGGAGGAGAGGUAAUCUUCACCAAAGACCAGCACAUUCAGGAUGUGGCAGCUGUUGUUGGGGACAGCAUGGCUGACCUGGUUACCCUUCCCCUGGAACCUCCUGUUGUAGUGUCUGGAAGGCCACUUGUGUUCAGCGUGGAUGCACUGCUCCAGAGGGUCACAGUCCGGAUCCAUGGGGAGGUCAGCAGCUUCUGGAUCAGGAACCCUGCAGGGGUCUCCCAGGGCCAGGAGGAAGGCGAGGGACCUCUAGGUCACACUCGCCGCUUUGGGCAGUUCUGGAUAGUUACCAUCAGUGACCCCCCACAGACAGGGACCUGGGAGAUCCUGGUCACAGCCGAGAGCACACCCCGGGUGAGAGUGCAAGCCCAGACAUCCCUGGACUUCCUCUUCUACUUUGGGAUCCCUGUGGAGGAUGGCCCCCACCCUGGCCUCUACCCCCUGACUCAGCCAGUUGCAGGCCUCCAGACCCAGCUGCUGGUAGAGGUGACAGGGCUGGGCUCCAGAGGCAACCCUGGAGCUCCUCUGCCGCAUUUCUCUCACGUCGUCCUACGAGGGGUCCCGGAAGGUGCCGAGCUGGGCCGGGUGCCUUUGGAGCCCACGGGACCGCUGGAGCGAGGUUUCCUCGCGGCCUCGCUACCGUCCGCACUUCUGUCCACUGCGGGACCUUUCUCUCUGGAGUUGAUUGGCCGGGACGGAGAGGGGCAGAGCCUGCACCGAGCUGCUCCCCAGCCCUGCACCGUGGUCCCUGUCCUUCUGGAGCUCAGCGGCUCCCCGGGAUUCCUGGCUCCAGGCAGCAAGGCCCAGCUCAGCCUCCGCAUCGCCAGCUUCUCGGGCCCUCAGGAUCUCGAUCUUAGGACAUCUGUCAAGCCCAGCUUCGCUCUCACCUCCAACCUCUCCAGGGUUCGCCUGGAACCAAAUGAGACCGCCUGGGGGCGCCUGUGGUUGGAGAUCCCGGACUCAGCGGCUCCAGACUCCGUGGUGAUGGUGACUGUGACUGCGACAGGUCCAGAAGCCAGCCCAGUGCCCCCGACCCAUGCCUUCCUCCGGCUCCUGGUGCUGGCCCCCACCCCGCAGGACCCGCUGGCUGCCCCUGCCCACUCAUCUGGCCCUAUCCUCACCUCCACCAGCCCUGCCUCCACUUCGGUGACUCAGGGAAGGGCUGGGGGAGGGCUGGUGGGCAAACCCUGUUGGGGCACAGUUGGAGGGGUGCUGCUUCUGCUAGGCCUGGCCUCCUGGUGA